AUGAGGGGACAUGGUGGAAAAAGCAUGCCAUAUCUAGCCCUGGCUUACUCUGCUCCACCACAACACAAACAUUUCAUCCCAUUACGGUUACAACACGAUUUAUCGGCGGUGCGCUGGGUUGCUGCACAGGACCACCCACGAUGCUGGCCAACGACGCAUCGCCGCACCGCUGGUUGA